AUGAACGACCCUUCAUCCCCGCCUCGGCGCCAGGAUUUGUUCCCGUCAAUACUCGACGACCGUUCCAAACCUGCUCCUCAACAAACCGAUGCCGCUCCUGCGAUUUGCCGAAUAUGUCGCGGUGAGGGAACCUCAGCCGAGCCCCUGUUCUACCCUUGCAAGUGUAGCGGCAGCAUCAAAUAUGUUCACCAGGACUGUUUGAUGGAAUGGCUUUCACAUUCGCAAAAGAAGUACUGCGAGCUUUGCAAGACUUCUUUCCGCUUCACCAAAUUAUACGCGCCGGACAUGCCGCAGUCUCUCCCGGUACACAUAUUCCUAGAGCACAUGGCAAAAUACUUUGUGCGCAACGUGUUGCUGUGGCUUCGCGCCGUGGUUACCAUCAGCGUAUGGGUGUGCUGGCUACCCUAUUUCAUGCGACAUGUUUGGACCUCCAUGUUUUGGGUUAGCCAUGAGGGUUUUGGUCCUGGACCGUUCUCAUUAGCCUUCUCUGAGCCAACCCGUAGCACCAGGCCUACUAGGCCCGCGCCUACAUGUGCCGCAAGUCCUCCGUAUCCAUUCAACAUCGCCGCCGACCCGAUCGAUAACACCACCAUUGCUGGCAAAAUCACGUUCCUAAACAGCACGGUCGGCUCUUUACCACAGACCCUGCUGAGCGAUGUUGGCUUUCUGAGAAACCUCACUCGCAAUGCUACCGUAAACCGCUCGGUGAUCGCGGUCAUUGAAGGUCAGAUCAUCACCGUCCUAGUUAUUGUGUGCUUUAUUCUGGUUAUUCUGGUCCGCGAUUAUGUCGUUCAACAACAGCCAGAAAUCAAUAUGCGAGCCGCUUUUGCCGACCAAGAAAACAACCCACCGGCCCCUGCCCAGCAGCCAGUUGACCCAGAGGUACAUGAUGACAAUGACACCCCAGAGUUUGACGGAACAGACUCUGAUGGCGAGACUCUGGAUGCUGGAGUAGAGGCUCCUGGGCCACUUGGGCUCGACAAUGGGCGUGACAUCGACAAUGGAGAAUCAGCGCUGUCCUAUACAGACAUAGCUACGCGCAACGCCACGGAACCCGAUCGAAUGGUUCUUGAAUUAGCCGCAGACUCACAAGAGUCUUCAGCACAGGAUGAAGCAGCUGCGGGCUCAGAUAAUAGAGCCAGUGUCAUCGACUACCUACGAGUAUAUCGCCGGGCUGGUGGCAAUUUGGAAAAGAUUUUGCAGAUCGUUGAAGAGGAAGAUCUGGAGGACAAGCUUGGCUAUUGGGUCGAUGUUACCCGACGUUCCAUGAGGGAACGAGAAACAGCCUCACAAGACAUAUCAGGUCCUUCCACUUCCCAAGAGCCCGUCCAAUCCUUGCCGCCAUUUUCUCCGGCUCUAGAUUUAAACAAGCCCAAUGAUUGGGGUCAGCCUUUGCCGCCAGGAGAUGAACAGGAAGCUAGGCAAGGAAACUCCAAGGGUAAAGAGAGGGAAUGGUUACCGAUAUCCCCAGACUUGUCGCCUGGCCAUAUGGCGCCGGACUACGACGUCGCCUCUGGCCCAUCUAGGCCCCGAGCUCGAUCCGAUGGCCCCGAGCCCAGUAACAUGACAAAUCCGUUGGCGAAUAACAGUUGGACUUUUGACAGCCUUCCUGCUGCAAAUGAGGUUGUCCCGGAAUUGAUGCCGGAACCCCACACGCCAGAAGCGCAAGCUACAGCGCAAGCUCCAAGUGACAACGCAGGGAUGAGGCGCCGCACUGUCAUUCCUGACAGUCCCCCGCACUCCUCUCAUGGCGAUGAUGUUGCAUCAAUCGAUCAUGGUAGCGAUAUCACACACGUCGUUCCAGACGAGCCAGUUGCCCCUGUGCCGGCGCAGAGAGGAUUCGUCGGUCGUAUCGCUAACUUCAUGUGGGGCGAUCUUGACCAGCGGCAGGACAUCGAGGAGGCAGAAGAACAAGAGCCCGCAGCCAAUGGUGUUGCUGCUGGUGCUGCUGGUGACGAUGGGGCAGAUGACCCAUGGGUUGAUGUUCCUAUUGCUGGACCGGCAGAGGCCAACGUGGAUCCAAAUGCUGGCGAAGUCGAUGCCGCCGCUGCCGCUGCAGGGAUGGAUGCUGAGGCUAUGGAAGAUCUUGAGGAUUUCGAAGGGGUAAUGGAGCUUUUGGGCAUGCGUGGUCCCAUUGCAGGGCUGUUCCAAAACGCCAUCUUCUGCGUUGUUCUCGUCACGAUGACCAUAUUUGCCUGCGUUUGCAUCCCUUAUAAUAUAGGGCGCGCUUCCGUUUUGACCAUUUCCAAUCCAAUCCUUCUUAUUCGAAUGCUCAUGGGUCUUUCCAAGGUAAUUCAAGACGCAGCGAUGAUGAUUGGUGGAUUUGGCGCUUGGUGUGCACUGAACAUUGUCGACAUGUUCACAAGCAUUAUUGGAGGCGCCAUGGGUGCGCACAUUGUGUCUGCCAGAAAGGCAUCUUGGGGACUAUGGACUGGAACCGGGGCCAGAGUUGUGGAAUAUGGUCUCAUGAUAGAGUUUCCUUUGUUUACCCCUAAAGUGCAACAUUUUUCAGCAGUCAGCCACGAGGCUUUGAACGCCCUUAAAGAGAAUAUUGGUUGGGUCCUUGGCCAGGUCGACAGUGGCCUCAAGGCUCUUGCCGAACCCGACUAUACCGCUCUGAUUGACGGACGGUUUGUCGCCGCGACUUCAACCACGAUUCAGUCUUUUGUUUCCACUCUUACUGGUGUGGCCUCCUUGUUGUCAGAUCCAAGCUCCUGGAUAAUCGAUCUAGGUGAAGUUACCACGGAGGCCCCGCUGGAUCCUAGCCUCGCAUACUGGUCAGGUCUGGAUCGAUUCUGGGCAAUUCUCAUCGGAUAUCUGACCGUCUUUGCUGUUGGCGCGUUAUACCUGAAACGAGACAGCCCAUUUUCGCGAGGCGCCGUGAUGCAAGCUUGGGAAGCGGGAGUUAUCGACAGCCUUCACCAGGCAAGCGGCAUUAUGAAAGUCAUUCUCAUCAUCAGCAUCGAAAUGCUCGUUUUCCCCCUGUAUUGCGGCCUCUUGCUGGAUGGUGCUUUGCUUCCGCUCUUUGAGGACACAACCUUCAACUCUCGCAUCCUAUUUACGUGCAACUACCCCUUGACUUCAAUCUUUGUUCAUUGGUUUGUGGGAACUGGUUACAUGUUUCAUUUUGCUCUUUUUGUCUCCAUGUGCCGCAAGAUUAUGCGGCCAGGUGUGCUGUACUUUAUUAGAGACCCAGACGAUCCCGAGUUCCACCCUGUCCGGGAUGUAUUAGAACGAAAUCUGACAACCCAGCUACGCAAGAUUCUCUUUUCAGCUUUCGUGUACGGCGCGUUGGUCAUCGUCUGCCUCGGCGGCGUGGUCUGGGGCCUCUAUUACACGAUGCCUGGCGUCUUGCCUAUCCACUAUUCAUCCAACGAACCGGUUUUGGAGUUCCCCGUGGAUCUUUUAUUUUACAACUUCCUAAUGCCGCUGGCUGUCAAGUUCUUCAAGCCUAGUGAUGGAUUGCACGCCAUGUACACCUGGUGGUUCCGAAAGUGCGCCCGCGGCCUUCGCUUGACAUAUUUCUUGUUUGGCGAGCGACGCAUCGAUGAAGAAGGCAUUCUUCAGCUUAGCCCCGAGCUGAAGGGUCAAGUUCCACCACACAAGUCAUUGCUCCUUGAGCUUGAUGAGAACAACGCCGUCAUACCCAAGACUUGGAGAGACACAUUCGAGGGCGGGGAUGCUAAACCGAAUCCAUCCAUAUCGAAGGGAGACAUGAGAGAGAUGAGACACAAAAAGAUUCAUCUUGUUAAGACGGGUCAACUCGAGAGGAGCGGCAGAUUUGUCCGUGCUCCGGCAUCUGACAGAGUCAAGAUUCCCAAGGGUCAACAAGUCUUCCUUAAAGUCUCCGAACGCAACCGCCGAAAGGACGGUAAAUCAGACGAUGACAUGUAUGCAUCCACCCAGUACCAACUCGUAUACGUGCCACCAAGCUUCCGCGCCCGGUUAUUCUUAUUCAUCCUUUUCAUCUGGCUAUUUGCCGCCGUCACUGGAGUUGGCUUCACUAUCGCACCGUUGGUGCUUGGCAGGGCUAUGUUUAAGAUGCUGAUUCCAGCCCACAUUCGCACCAACGAUAUUUACGCAUUCAGUAUCGGCAUCUAUGUUUUAGGGUCACUAGCCUAUGCAGUCUUUCGCCUGGGUCAUCUUACCGCCAGAUUACGAGAUUGGACAAGCAAAAUCGGCAACAAACUUGCGAAUGGAAACAGCGGUCGCCGUGUCAUCAGCGGGUUGGCGCGCGGUGCUAAACUGUUCUACGCCUACUUCUUCCUACUGAUUGUGUUCCCCUUGCUAGUAUCAACAUUAAUGGAGCUAUAUUUCAGUAUUCCCCUACAUACCUACAUGAAUCCACCCUGGCAACAGAACGAAACAACCACGGCAAACCAAGGCGGAGAGGCCGGGCGUCAUACUAUACGCGUUAUUCAAUCGUGGACGCUGGGACUUCUCUACCUAAAGCUUGCAACUAGAAUGAUUACAUCACUCUUUCCGGACAGUCGUGCUGCAAUAGCAGUAUCAUCUGUCAUGCGACGAGGCUACCUAAAGCCGGAUGUCGACAUCUUUACAAGAGCAUUUGUUAUCCCCGGAGUCGCCUUAUCUAUACUCGCAAUAUUUGGUCCUCCUACAACCGCAUAUCUUCUAAUCCAUUUCGGCAUGCUCUCGCCCUCGCAACUCACGGGCGCAGUAGCCGAUAGGGCCAAUGCAUCCUUGGUAUUCAGAUACUCGUACCCAGUGGCUGCAGUGUCGGCCGUCAUGGUCAGAUAUGCUGUUGGGCUGACGAGAGUGUUCAAUCGAUGGACAGGAGGAGUUCGAGACGAGGCAUACUUGAUUGGAGAAAGGCUACACAAUUUCGGGGCCGCAACAGCAGGGUCCAGAAAGGCUAGGAAAGCAUGGGGCGCUGCCGGUGGGGGAAGACUUUGA